AUGUCGAUUACUGGUCGGCUCCUGACCAACUGAUCGUUACUUCCAGCCUAUACCUGGCUUCCUGCUUACGCCUGGCACCUCUUGGGCAUCCCUGGAAGCAAACCAAAUGCUGCCCAACUAUAUGCCCAUGCUGACUGGCGGUCGAAACCUGUGGCCUACUCCUUGGAUGGAGUGGGAGAACCGAACAAUCUUCCGACACUGAUCUGGAGGGGCCAAUCUUGUAAACGGCCGGGGUUCCAGAGGUUCCAAAUGGCAUGGAGUAGCAGAGUGAUCUGCUUGAUCACGACUUCUGAAGACCCAGCUCAUCACCAGGUGAACGCUGGAGAUGCCAUACCCUGUGUGCCUCAACUACCCUUAUGGGAAACCAGAUUCAACACAGCAUUUGAUGUGGUCUGCACGGUGUUCUGGGCCUGCAUUGAGGCCCAACAGCUACAGUGGGAACCUCCUCCAGGGGGAACCUCCAGCGUAGACCUGACUCACCUCUCUUCUUCUGAGCCGAGAGCCUGGAUGGACAUUGAGUCCAUCAGUCAUCCACAACCAUGUGAGCAUGCCGGUGAUGGGGGAUUUCUGCAGGGGAAUGGCCUUGCCACUGAAGAUGGAGAGCCUAGGGGUGAAGAGGCAUACAGAGGGCUUACAUUCCAGCCCAGGCGUGUGAGCCAGAGGAGCAGACAUGCCGCUAUGUUGGCCUGGAUGCUCUGGGGGAUUCCCGACCACGGCCUGAUGAAGGUGGUCUCAAUCAACACUACUUGCCAGCACGAAAUCCCAGAUUCGGGGAUACCAGAUGUGGUAUUGGCUGAAACUGAACUGCAGACUGUUUCUGUGUCAUUCUGUCACAGCCUCCUUAGUUGUUUUUUUUCUGUGCUUUCCUUUUGA